CCUACAUUCUGCAGAAUGAGAUAACUUCUCGUGAGAAAUUAAUCAACAUGGAACCAACAAUCAAAUUAUGGUAAGAAUAAAUAAGAGUCGAACAAUUUCCCGCGUUACAAGUUGGCAAAGAGUGAUCGAAAAGCGGAGGAAACGUGAGAUCAUUGGUAGCAGAAGGUCGCGUAGAAAGGACACCGAGCUAAAAGAGAAUAAAACGAACGACGUGGAGAUUGCCCGCAGCAAAAGAUAACCGGGUACCGGGAACAGAGAAAAAAAACAUUGCGUGACCGAAACCUGAAAACCAGAAUCCCGCUGCCGUUGAAGCUGGCACAAACUCCCGGACCCCAUACUUCUUCCAUGAGAUCGGACUCGAACUACAAAUAUCCGAACUCGAUCGGUAGCCGCACGGAUAUUCAGCUACCGAAUUGAAACUCCCGCAAUAAAGAUCAAGAGAGAAGAAAAAAAUGAGAUCGAAAACCUAAUCGUUUUCGAUUUUUUUUUUUUGUUUUUAACGAUAUUUGAUGAUUUCUCUUCAAUGUGGAAAGCGAGAAAUCUACACCGAACUGUUGUCUAGAUGGAAAGCUAUGGUCUAAUGGUAAUUCUAUUGUUGAUUCUGAUGAAGGAUGCACGAAACAAGAAAAUUAUAGUGUUAUCGUGUUUGUAUUAUCAUGAUUCAAAUUGAGUGACAAUGGAACUGGAAGUAAUCGGACAAAUGCGACAGCGAAAUAAAAGCUUCAUUUAAAUCUGCAUUUGUCAUUAUUUCCAUAAUAGGUACUUACAUAUACGUAUGUACAUCAUGUGCUGCUGCUCAAAAGGGUUAUUUUUACAUAAUAUUCAAUAUUUAUAGCAGAUAAUGAAAUUUUUCAAUUGUAUGUGUAUUUUAUAAUGUUAGUACAUUAAUCUUUUACAAUUAGGACUAUAAGAAUUUAUUAAUCGCACAAUCAGAAUUUAUAAGAAUUUAUUAAUCACAGCUAUAAUUAAUUUAUUGGAAAUCUGACAACUAAUAACUUUUACAACAAUUCAUUCCAUAAUAUUGUAGUUAUGUUUGCAAAUAUGUUUUGAGCAAUAGAUAUUUUCAUAAUAUGAACACAGGUUAUGAAAAAUUAACACUUUAUGAAUUUUUAGUUACAUAAAAGAUUAUUUCGUUUUUCCAAUUUUGAAACAAAUAUAAUACUUAUCCUAAAAUUUUUGAAUAGA